UCGCGCCCGUGAUGUGUUAAUGCGCCAUCGCGUGUGCACGCGCUUAUCUCUAUUGUUGUUGUUAUCGUUACUGCUAUUAGUGCUGUUACAUUGGUCGGACCGGAGCAGCUGGUAUUGUAAAAUAUUAUUGUGCGCAACAGUACCGAUCGACCGCGUACGGACGUCGUAUACGUAACGCAACAAUAUCAAUAACACUGCAGCGUUGCGUGCGUUACACUCAUUGCGUCUUGACCGCUCACCGCUGACGUUUUUGUCCCGUAAUCGCAACGACGCUGUAUCGUAUUGUUGUACGAACGAUAAUUUCGAUAAAACAGAAAAAAAAAAAAAGCGACAGGCCGCCGUCACCCGUCCGCGGUCGAGGAGAACACUCCGGUCUUUCCGACGACCGCCGUUGGCACCACCUAACGCCCCGUCGCCCGUCCGACGUACGACAGUAUAAUAUUAUCGUAAUUCAUAAUAUUAAAUAAUAAUCGUCGCCGUACGACGCAGCGGCAACUGUUGUCAUCACUUCCGGACCGUGUACCGUAUAUACCGUAUAGGCGGCCCCGCACAGUCGUGAUUUCCGGCGGGCGAGGCGUCAUCGGCCGAUCGUCGCCGUUUCGUCGAUUGUCACCCGUUUUUCGUCCACGCACAGGCCGUCCCGGCGACGGCGGCAACAGCAGCGGUUAGAUCAGGAUGGCGGCCACCACUGCGGCCGGUUACGGACCGGCCGAGCCCGACGCUCCGUACGCCGGAAGCUGCAGCGUCGAUCCGCCCGACAUCGAGGAGUUACUCCGUUUGAAUCCGAGACCACUGGCCAACUGCCAAUGGACCGCGACUGUGGCCAACGAUGGCGGUACGAUGGCGGGAGGAAAAGGAGUUGGAUUGAUGGCUGCCGCCGGAUCCGGGCUGGCCCGGGCCCGGGCGAUAGUCAAACCGUCCGUGGCAACGGUCGAGGACCGCCAUCAUUACAAGCGCAAUAGUUCGUAUUCUGAGGAUACCGCAGGUGUCAUAGAUGGGUGUGCUAGUGGCUUGUGGAACCGGUGGUGGACGGACGUCAAACCUAGCACGUUUCGAGGUGGCGAGCGGGCGGCUGUUCGCGAGGCUCGCCGUUGCCUCAAAUGUGCACAUGCGCCAUGCCAGCUGUCGUGUCCAACGUCCAUCGAUGUUAAGUCAUUCAUCACAAGUAUCGCUAACCAGAACUAUUAUGGAGCCGCAAAGACGAUCCUGUCAGACAACCCGGUGGGCUUGUCUUGUGGCAUGGUGUGCCCAACGAGUGAGCUGUGUGCCGGUUCCUGUAAUUUGGCCGGCACAGAUGGCGGACCUAUCAACAUUGGCGGACUACAGCAAUUUUGUCUGGAAAUGUUUAUGGACAUGGCAGUGCCUCCUUCAACCGUUUCUUCGGACAGUGAUGAUGAUGACGACGAGGAACGCGAGGAUGGCCCGCCGCUAAAAGCUCGAGGCCAGAGUAGAUUAGCGCCCAUAGCUGUGAUUGGUGCCGGUCCAGCAGGAUUGACGUGUGCUACGUACCUGAACCGGCUUGGGUAUCGGCGCGUAACGGUCUACGAAUCGGGUGCGUACGCUGGCGGUCUUAGUGCUUCCGAGAUACCUGAGUACCGGUUACCAUGGCGAGCAGUCCGUUGGGAAAUCGAACAGAUGGUCGAGCACGGUCGAGGUGGCGUCCGCCUGGAGUACGGUCGUCGGCUAUAUUCUUCCACCGCCGGCGAUGGUAGACCUGGCGACAUGACGCUUAAGAACCUAAUAGAAGGACCGGAUGGAGCGCAGGCCGUGUUUGUAGCCGUCGGCCUACCGGAGCCUCAACUUCCAGCCGAUCUCUUCCGCGACGUCGACGUAAGUGGCAAUACGGCCGCUGCCCAAAGUCUGGGCGUGUACACUUCUAAAUGGCUGUUGCGUCAGGCCUCGGGAUAUUCCAAGCGAUUGCCUGACGGCCGGGGAGGGUGUGGUAGUGGUUGCAACGGUAGUAACGGUAACGGCGGCUGCGGAGCGUCGAAAUCGGUUACCGUGCCCCUGCCCCCGGAUUUCCGAGGCAAAACCGUGCUGGUACUCGGUGCCGGCGACACGGCAAUGGACUGCGCUACAGUAGCGCUCAGGUGCGGCGCCCGCCGCGUACGGGUCGUCUUCCGACGUGGCACGCCCGACGUGCGCGCCGUCCCAGAAGAACUGGAAGGAGCAAUGCGUGAGCGUUGCGAACUUGUACCUCACUCGCAGCCGGUGCGGUUUUUGUUCCGCAAAGUUCCAGGAGAUGGUACCGAUCGGAUUCGCGGCGUACAAUUCCGCCGAACCGACGUGGACGAUGUAGAGCCACAGCUGGACGAUGAAGACCACUCGGCUGACGAUCUGUUCGUGUUGCGUGCCGACUGUGUCGUCUCGGCAUUUGGCUCGCGAUUACCGAAAGAAUUGGCGGAAGCGCUGGCGCCAUAUGCAAGAGUAGACAAACGUACAGGACGAGUGUGCGUCGACGCUCAAACCGGCCGCUGUGAGUGGUGGACGGACGAUGAUGACAGAGUUGCUAACGACAAACAGGAACGGCGGACGCCACCACCGGUGUGGUGCGGUGGCGAUGCUUCUUGCGCAAAAGGAUCCACAGCCGAUCCGUCGCAGACCACGGUAGAGUCGGCCAACGAUGGAAAAACGGCUGCAUAUCACAUACACCAAUAUCUACAGGAGUUGUACGGUUAUAGUAUUCAAAAUCACCAAUCAUCUGUUUCACGACCAAUGCUGCCAGGUUUUCGAACAGCAAUUGAUGACGUGGACUUGUCUGUCAGAAUGUGUGGACUGCGUUUUAUGAAUCCGUUCGGACUGGCCUCAGCACCGCCUACGACAAGCGCUGCGAUGAUACGUCGAGCGUUCCGCGCUGGUUGGGCAUUUGCCGUCACAAAAACGUUCGGACUGGACAAGGACUUGGUAACGAACGUAUCGCCGCGUAUCAUAGGAUUGGGUGGUCAUGGUGUUGGAGGUGGUUCGACUGCCAACGGUAUAGGACCUGGUUCUAUCGGUGCUGGAGACCCAGAUGUAGCCAAAAACGCUUUUUUGAAUAUAGAAUUGAUUUCGGAAAAAACCGCAGCUUACUGGUUACGCUCCAUCCGGGAACUGAAACGUGACUUUCCGCAGCACAUUCUAAUUGCCAGUAUAAUGUGCGCGUACAUUGAGAGCGAUUGGACACAACUUACCGAAUUGGCGUGUGACGCAGGUGCUGAUGCACUGGAAUUGAACCUGAGCUGUCCUCACGGUAUGGGCGAAUCCGGAAUGGGUUUAGCAUGCGGCCAGGAUCCGGUGUUGGUGGAGAACAUUUCGCGAUGGGUCAAACGAGUAGCGGUGCGACCGGCUGGUGACGGUAAGACGGCAACACCCGUGCCCGUGUUCGUGAAAAUCACUCCCAACGUGACGGACGUGGUGGCCGUAGCCAGGGCGGCUGUGCGACUCGGCGGGGCCGACGGAGUGACUGCCGUCAACACGGUCUCGGCCCUUGGCCCGUUGGACGUGGCCGCUAACAACGGUCGACCGUGGCCAGGAGUCGGUAAAAACACCGCAGACACGCCAAGAACCACGUACGGCGGUAUGUCAGGCACGGCCGUUCGGCCUAUAGGUUUGCGGGCCGUGUCGGCGUUGUCCCGAGCCCUGGGACCGGACGUGGCGGCCGGUGGUGACGGAGGACCGCCUGUCCAGAUAAUGGCCACAGGCGGUGUGGACAGCGCCGCGGCCACGCUUCAAUAUCUGUACUGUGGUGCCAAAGUCGUGCAGGUGUGCAGUGCUAUCCAGAAUCAGGACUUCACCGUCGUCCAGGACUAUAUCACUGGACUUAAGGCGUUGUUGUACACAAAUAGCGAAGGCAAUAACAAACGACGGGAGAAACAGAGUCGUCCCACCACUGCGCUGGUCAAGGACUCGAUCGACUUAUCCGACGACUACGAUAUCGUAUCCACGACGGCCGUGAUUGCCGACCAAAGUGGUAGUAAAUCGAUGUUUGGACCGUACUUGCGGAACAAGCGUUGUGAGCAGGCAUCCGGUGCGGCUACAGAUAUGCUCAACACGAUCCAGGGAACCAAGUCGAAUGGAGUUGAUCGGACGCCGGAACCGGAGACAACGGUUUCGGUACCGGAGGAAACCAAUGACGACCAAGUUCCAGUUCCGAUGGCGACGCCUGUGGAAUUGGUCGUGGGCCGCGCGUUGAAAGCCGUCGGCGCGUACAAAUCGCUAGAUUCUCGUGCCCAAGUCGUAGCCCUGGUUAAUGAGGAUUCGUGCAUCAACUGCGGAAAAUGUUACAUGACUUGUAACGAUUCUGGCUAUCAGGCGAUUACGAUGGAUCCGAAAUCGCAUAUCGUCCACGUCCAACCUGACUCGUGCACGGGUUGUACGUUGUGUCUGACGGUAUGCCCUAUUCCUGGUUGCAUCAGCAUGGUGGAAAAAACGGUACCACAUGUGAUUAACCGCGGUUUAGGCCGCCGACAGCUCGUUUCCACGUACACUUGCCCCAACGACGGCGAAUACAUUGACUAGCAGUGUAACUCAGAAGAACAGAAAGGUCGCAGUAGUCUGACAGUAGCACUGUCUACUGAGUAGACGGUUGCAAUGAGAUUCUUGCCAUUAAAAAAAAUUACCUACUCACGCGUAACCGUGAUCUAUGUCCACGCAUGUUAAAUCCAUAGAUAAUAUAACAUCUAUAUAAUAUAUAUAUAUAUAUAUACAUAUCAAUACUCUUGUAUUAUAAAUGGUUAAAUCUUAUAACUGUACCGAUAGCGUAUUAGAUAAUAGUAUUAUUGUCCGAAUCGAAGCGCCUAAAGCGAAAUAAAUAAAUGUUUAAAUAUA